UCGCCUUGCGUCUCCUCUCCACCACCGGGCACCCCAAACCUCUCCGCCUCUCGGCCCCUCCCGGAGAGAACGCCUGCCCUCCUCUCCGCCCCGGAACCCUGGCCCGAUCCCGUAGAACCCCUAGACUCGGAGAGGAGUGAGCGCGGCGCGGGGAGGACGAAGGCGCGGGGAGGCGGAGGCCUGUGCUGUAUGUCAGAUCGUGGGAUCGGAGAACGAGGAGGAGACUACGGACACGGUCAGCUCGCCAAUCCGCUGCAAUGGCCUCAGCUCAGGAAAAGGCGACGGCCUGCUGCCUCCCGCCGCGCGACGCCGCCGGGGCCCGCAGAGCGAUCGCCGUGGCCGGGAAGGUCUCCAUGGCAGGCGGCGGAGGCGGUGAGCGCGUCGUAUCCGCGGCCGGAGGCGGCGCCGUGAUGGAGGACAUCGGGGCCGCGGUCCAGCCCACUACCGCCAAGGCCUCAUCUAAAGGGAUACCUAUAAUGACAAGAGCCCAGAGAUUCCACCCUUUAGACCCGUUAUCUGCUGCCGAAAUUGCAGUGGCUGUUGCAACUGUAAGAGCUGCUGGAAAAUCUCCUGAGGAACGAGACAGCAUGCGUUUUGUUGAAGCUGUGCUAUUGGAACCAGAAAAGAAUGUUGUAGCAUUGGCUGAUGCUUACUUUUUUCCACCUUUCCAACCAUCACUGCUCCCUAGAACAAAAGGCUCUCCUGUCAUUCCAAGCAGGUUGCCUCCUAGGAGGGCCAAGCUUGUUGUCUACAACAGACGUUCCAAUGAGACUACCAUUUGGAUAGUUGAACUAUCUGAAGUGCAUGCAGCUACUAGAGGUGGACAUCACAGAGGGAAGGUGAUAUCAUCUGAAGUUAUUCCAGAUGUUCAGCCUGCAAUGGAUGCAAUGGAAUAUGCUGAGUGUGAAGCUACUGUAAAAAAUUAUCCUCCAUUUAUUGAAGCUAUGAAAAAAAGAGGUGUGGACGAUAUGGAGCUUGUUAUGGUAGAUGCCUGGUGCGCGGGCUACUACAGUGAAGCUGAUGCUCCCAGUCGCAGACUUGCUAGGCCUCUAAUCUUUUGCCUAACUGAGAGUGAUAGUCCCAUGGAGAAUGGUUAUGCUCGACCAGUUGAAGGGAUCCAUGUUGUUGUUGAUAUGCAGAAUAGUGUUGUCAUAGAGUUUGAGGAUAGGAAGUUUGUCCCUCUGCCCCCACCAGAUCAUUUGAGAAAUUACACUCCUGGGGAAACGAGAGGUGGUGUUGAUCGAAGUGAUUUGAAACCUCUUAUUAUAGAUCAACCAGAGGGCCCAAGCUUCCGUAUUAAUGGCUAUUUUGUGGAAUGGCAGAAGUGGAACUUCCGUAUUGGCUUCACCCCUAAAGAGGGUCUGGUUAUCUAUUCGGUUGCAUAUGUUGAUGGUAGCCGUGGACGUCGACCUAUAGCUCAUAGGCUGAGCUUUGUUGAGAUGGUUGUUCCUUAUGGUGAUCCAAGUGAACCACAUUAUCGAAAGAAUGCAUUUGAUGCUGGAGAAGAUGGACUUGGCAAAAAUGCCCAUUCCCUCAAGAAGGGAUGUGACUGCUUGGGUUACAUAAAGUAUUUUGAUGCACACUUCACAAAUUUUACGGGCCAUGUGGAGACGAUUGAAAAUUGUGUUUGUUUGCAUGAGGAGGACCAUGGAAUCCUGUGGAAGCACCAAGAUUGGAGAACUGGUUUAGCAGAAGUUAGGCGAUCAAGGAGGCUGACAGUGUCAUUUAUCUGCACAGUUGCCAACUAUGAAUAUGGUUUUUACUGGCACUUUUAUCAGGAUGGUAAGAUAGAGGCUGAAAUAAAACUUACUGGAAUUCUUAGUUUGGGAGCGCUGAUGCCUGGGGAAACAAGGAAAUAUGGUACAACUAUCGCUCCUAGUCUGUAUGCACCUGUUCACCAGCAUUUCUUUAUUGCCCGUAUGGACAUGGCUGUUGAUUGCAAACCCAACGAGGCACAUAAUCAGGUGGUUGAAGUAAAUGUCAAAAUAGAAAAUGCAGGCACACAUAAUGUGCACAACAAUGCUUUCUACGCUGAAGAAAAAAUAUUGAAAUCAGAGUUGCAGGCAAUGCGAGAUUGCGAUCCUUCAUCUGCACGACAUUGGAUCGUCAGGAACACAAGGGCUGUAAACCGUACCGGCCAACCAACUGGCUACAGGCUCGUGCCUGGUUCGAACUGUUUACCGUUCGCUCUACCUGAGGCAAAGUUCCUUCGACGAGCCGGGUUCUUAAAGCACAAUCUCUGGGUCACACCAUACAAGAGUGACGAGAAGUUCCCUGGAGGGGAGUUCCCCAAUCAGAAUCCGCGUCUACACGAGGGUUUACCUACUUGGGUUCAGAAGGAUAGACCCUUGGAGGAAACUGACAUCGUCCUCUGGUAUGUGUUUGGACUUACCCACAUCCCAAGGCUGGAGGACUGGCCUGUCAUGCCAGUUGAACGCAUCGGUUUCAUGCUCAUGCCGCAUGGAUUCUUCAACUGUUCGCCUGCGGUUGACGUGCCUCCUGGCACUUCUGAUGCUGCUGAUGUCAAGGAAGCGGACUCGCCUAAAGUCAUCCAGAAUGGCGUUGUUUCCAAACUCUGAGCUUGCAGCGCCUCAAAAAGAUAAACUACUGCAGUACUACUACGAAUGUUGGUCCGAAUAAAAUUUGUUUUCUUAUGGUGUGUUAGGUUUUCUGUAAUAUUCUUGUUUACUGCACGGACUAAAGGUUGGGCUACACUGGUAGCAUGUUAUAUGAAGGCUGGACUGGCAUAAUGCAUGCAUAAAUAAAAGUUGUGUCACACAAA